UCGAUGAUUUGUGUCCGCGUGUAAGUAACGCUGUAGGGUAAGUGCGAUCGAGAUAUCUACUAACAACAAAAUUUCAUUUCAACAUAUGUUAAUGAUAUCCACGGUUCAAGUUAUUUUAAUACAUUUGAAUGUUUGAAAGAAGUGAAUAUACUCUGAAGUAUUGAUCUCGUGUCUGGGAUUAUGUGACCUCGAAAGACGUACCAUUUUGUGUAAUCUGUAUCUGACUCAGUGUUUCAACUUCGCAUCAAAAUGCCGCUUUAUUUUCAAAGACCGGAGAACGCCCUCAAAAGAGCAAAUGAAUUCAUAGAUGUUGGUAAAAAACAAAGGGCGCUUGAUGCCCUUUAUGAUGUUAUUAAAAGUAGGAAGCAUAGAACGUGGCAAAAAAUUCAUGAGCCUAUUAUGAGUAAAUAUUUGGAAUUAUGUGUAGAGUUAAAGAAAAGUCAUCUUGCUAAGGAAGGUUUAUUUCAGUAUCGAAAUAUAUGCCAACAAGUGAAUAUCAAGUCUUUGGAAGAUGUUGUUCGUGGAUAUUUAAAACUUGCUGAUGAGAAAACUGAAGCAGCACGGGAGGAAUCCCAACAAGCUGUUGUGGAUAUUGAUGAUUUGGAUCAAGUGCAGACUCCUGAAAAUUUAUUACUUAGCGCUGUAAGCAGUGAAGAUACUCAAGAUAGGACUGAUAGAGUUGUUUUAACACCAUGGGUUAAGUUCUUAUGGGAAUCCUAUCGCCAGUGCUUGGAGCUGUUGCGAAACAAUUCUCGUGUUGAACGAUUAUACCAUGAUAUUGCUCAACAAGCAUUCAGAUUUUGUUUGAAUUAUAAUCGUAAAACUGAAUUUCGUAAAUUAUGUGACAAUUUAAGGGCACAUCUAGGACAUAUCCAUAAACAUCAAAAUCAACAAACGUCUAUAAAUUUAAAUAAUCCAGACAGUCAGGGAAUGCAUUUGGAAACUCGGCUUGUUCAGUUGGAUAGUGCGAUACAAAUGGAAUUAUGGCAGGAGGCAUAUAAAGCAAUUGAAGAUAUUCAUGGUUUAAUGACAUUGUCAAAAAAAGCUCCAAAUCCACGUUUAAUGGCGAAUUAUUAUCAAAAACUUGCCCUAGUAUUUUGGAAAAGUAGCAAUUAUUUGUUCCAUGCUGCUGCAUUAUUCCGUUUAUUUUAUCUGUCUCGAGAGCAAAAGAAAAACAUUACAUCAGAAGAAAUAUUAAAAAUGGCAUCACGAGUUGUUCUAGCUACACUUGCUAUCCCAAUGCCUCCUAAUCGUACCGAAAUUGAUCGUUUAGUUGAAACUGAUGAAAAUGUAAUUGAUAAAAAUCAUCGUUUAUUAUCAACGUUGCUUGGAUUGCCAAAUCCUCCAAGCAGAGCAUUACUAAUAAAAGACUUACUGCGGUUUGGUAUAAUUCAAUCUGCUCCAAUCCAAUUACAGGAUUUGUAUCGCUGGUUAGAAACUGAGUUUCAUCCACUUAAGUUAUGCUCUCGUGUUCAGCAGUCCUUUGAUUUCUUAAACAAGUGGGAGGAAUUCCCUGAACUUCGUCAAUAUAUACCAUCUAUACAAGAUAUUACUGUGGUGAGACUUGUGAAAGAAAUAUCUCAAGUUUAUCAGACUAUUAAAUUUACACGUUUGCUGGAAUUAGCACCAUUUGUUCAACCAUUUACUUUGGAAUAUCUUAUUGUAGAAGUAUCACGCAGAAAUGACUUGCAAGUUAGGAUUGACCAUCGAAAAGAAUGUUUUCAUUUUGGAUCCGAAUUGAAUGUUUCUCAGAGAGAGGAAAUAGUUGAAGGUCCCCACUUGCAGAGUAUGCCUAGCGAACAAAUGCGGAAUCAGUUGGUGUACAUCCAUUCAGUUUUAAAUAAGGCUGUUAAUUACGUUCAACCAGACAAAAUGAAGCUUGAAAGAAAAGAGCUUUGUAAAGAGAUUGUGAAGGCAUAUACUUUAACAUCUUCUAAAGAUCACAUGCGUAUAUUAAAUAGGCAGCAAAUAAUUGAAGAACGAAAAGAAAUGCUUGAAAAUUUGAAUUAUCAGAAAGAAGCAGAAGAAAGGAAAUUACUGGAGGAUAAACAGCAAAAGCUUCGUGAAGCAGAAAAAGAAAGAAUGGCCCGAGAAACAGAAGAAAGGACAAAACAAAGACUUUUGCGUGAACAAACCGAAUUAAAGCGUAAAGUUGUUAUGGAAAAGAUUGAACAGCUUAAGAAGACUGAAAUUGGCUCUAGAAUAUUUGAAGGUAUGGAUGAAGAAGAAUUGGAAAAACUAGAUCCUGAUGAUUUGUUGAAUAAGCAAGUUGAGCAACUAGAUCGUGAACGGAAAGAAUUGCAAUCAAAACUCCGCAAACAAGAAAGAAAAGUAGAUCACUUGGAAAGAGCUAAACGAAUUGAAGAAAUACCUUUACUUCAAAAAGAAUAUGAAGAAUAUCAAUUAAAAGAUCGAGAGUUUUGGGAGCAGCAUGAAAAGGAAAGAAUUAGGGCAAUUAAAGAAGAAAGAGCUUUAGCAGUUCAGUAUCGGGACCGCUUGAUGCGAUUAAAAGAUGAUAAAGAUAAAUUUUUAGAGCGGUUGAAAAAGGCCCGUGCAUCUGUUUAUCAGGAGAAAAUGGCUGAAUUCAAGAAAAUUUUAGAUGAAGAAAGAAAAAAACGAUUGGCUGAAAGAAAGCAAAAGAGAAAGGAAGAAAGAAGGGCAGAAUGGUUAAAGGAACAGGAAGAGAAGAAGCAACGGGAGAUUGACGAACAGUUAAAAAGGGAACGUGAAGAAGCAUUAGCAAAAUUAGAAGAAAUUGAAGCUAAAAAGCGAGCAAAAGAAAAAGAGAUUGAGGAAAGAUUAAGGCGAGAAGAAGCUGCUCUUGCUGCAGCAUUAGAAAGGAAACGAGAGGAUGAGAAAAGCCUUUCUAGAGGCAAAGAUCUUGAGAAGCCAGCUCCACAAAAAUCUUUCCCAAAUUGGAGAGAGCGUGAAUUGGAAAAAAAACAGAGUUGGGGACCACGUGAAGACAAACAUGAAAAGGAAAAAGAUCCCGACAAAGAUGAAGAUACUUGGGAUUGGAGAAAGAGAAAUGAUGAGUCCCGGAAAUUAGAUGAUAGAGAUCGAAUGGAUGAUUGGAAAAGGCGUGAUAAAGAUAGCUGGAGAAGAGAUGAUAUUCGUUCAACCUCAUAUCAGCGUGCACCUUUUGAUGGGGAGCGAGAUUGGCGUUCUGUUCGUUCGGAUGAUAGAGAUAGAAGAGAUCCUGAUCGAUCAGAUUGGAGAUCAGGACCUGAUAAAUUUGCCAAUAGGAACAAAGAUAGCGAAAGAGAUUCGAGAAGAUACGGAGACAGGGAUAGAAUAGAGACUUACUUAGGAAACAAAGAUAGGAUUUCAUCUAUGAAAGAUCGAGAUUAUCGAGAUCGUCAAGAUAUGACAGAUAAUAGGUCUGAUUACACUGAAAAGGACAGAGAUCAUUACGGGAAACGUCCAGAUAACUCUUUAGAUAGGAGAGGUAGAUUCGGCAAAGAUGAUACUGAUGGCAGAGAUUAUAAUAAAGGUGAGGAUGAUAGAAGGGACAGGUAUGGUGACGACCGUGGUGAUCGUCCUUUUAGAAGUGAAAGAUCAGGUGGAGGCCGUUUCCGUGAUCUUGGUGAUCGACGAGGUGAUGACAGAAAUGAUUGGAGAAGCAGAAGAGAUGAUAUGCCAGACAGUGGAACAUCCUGGCGGGAUCGAGAUAGUCGUACUCUUAGGGAUGAGGAUCGCUCUGAUAAGAAAGGUCCCAGAGAAGAUGGUUUUAAACGGGAUAGAGCUAGCAAUCUAGAUGAUGAAGGUUUUGUAAGAGUGCGACGUUAAGUAAUCUAUGCUUUUCCUGUUAUAAUAUGCUUUACUGUAUUUUUAUGAACAUUUAAAUAUGCUAUUUUCAUCAAAAGGUUUUAGGGCAAAAGAAUUUUGGUGUUUGCUAGUGGUUAUUAACUUGAUUAUAUAUACAUUUUUUUUAGUAAACUUAAUUUAGCAGUUUUCUGCAACAGAAAAAUUGUAUCAUUUAUUUAAGUCUUUUUUUUUAAGAAGGUACAAAAGGUCAUCGAAUUUUAAUCUUGUAAUUGACCAUGUUUCUUUUCUUUGUGUCUGUUGCUGGGAUUAUUCAGCUGUACAAAUUGAACUUGUCGAAACCUUUUUAUGCAAUUAUGAAUAUUAUAGGCUUUAAUCGUAUCAUAUCUGAUAAUAAAUUUUAGGUUUUAAAUUAAUUACUAACUAUAAGUAGACUUCUAUGUAUUAGUAUAUAUGCACCCAUCAAAUGUCUAAUUAUGUAAUAAGUUUUAUAUUAAUAAUUUUUGGGAUAGCAAAUACCAUUUAGAAUGAGUUGACUGUUCUUAUUUUGUGUUAUUAAAAAAUUAACAUAAAAAAAAAUCUGUUUUAAGAUUUUUUAAACAUGUAAAUCAUGGUGCACCCAAUUUAAUUUGUUAAAUUUUAUUUGUUAUGUUUAAAUAUCUGAUGAAUUUUUGAUCUAAAUGAUUUUUGGGGUUAGUUUAAAAUCAUAAUAUAAAACAUGUUUAUGAUCUGAAACCUUUACCAUAUGAUUUGAUAGUUUCCAACUAGGUAAUACUUUAGAUUUCUGUUAGAUAGGCUUGUUAAAGAGAAGAGCUAUUUUGUUAUUUUACCAAGACAAGUCUUUCUGUAUGAUUACAAAAAAUUUUGGCACUGAAAAAAUUCUGUGUGAGAGAAAUAGUUUAAAAAUUCCUACAGCUAUAGAUUGAAAUUUUAAAAUUUUUCUAAUGAAGCAGAAAUGUGUAUUUAAUCCUGUUUAUACCUGUUUCUAAGUUAGUAUUCUUCAUUCAGAUAGUGUUUGAAUAUAUUUCUUUGAAAGAAAAUGUUAAUAGUUUGUAAUGGGUUAAUAGUUGUUAUAUGUAAUUAAUAUCCUUUUGUUACCGAUGUAAAACAGCUUUACUUCACUCUAAAUUUUCUUGUAGUGAGGAAAUUUUCUAGCUUUUGUUUUCCAUAAUUCGUAAUUACGUAAAACUGUAACUUAUAGUUCAUUUUACAUAACUUGAAGCUCGCAGCUUUUACAUAAAAUACAUAUGUAAGCAGCUCGCUUACAUAAAAUCCUCAUUUUUAUGUUAAGAUUUUUUCGGACUAUAUUUUUGUAUAUUUCUUCAAAAGAAAAAAGCUAUUAUUAUCGGUUAAUAACUGUUUUAAGAAAUAUGUAUUUUUUUAUUAAGUGGAUGAAUAGAGGUUUUUUCUGGCUUCAUUACUUAUCUUUUGUAGUUCAAAUUUUUCUCUAAGAAAUUGUAUGCAUGUACGAGACUAAAAUAUUUCUGAAAACAGUUAAUUCAUUACUAUAGAAGUAUUAUUAAUAAUUGCUGUAUAUUGAUUUUCUGUUAAGUUGAUAUAUUUUGUGUAUUGCCUUAUAAAUUGUUUCCAUCAAAGAAAUAGCUGAUCAUUCUUGAUAAGCAUUGAUAAUAAGUAUUCAUUUUCAUUUUAAAAAUCUUAACUACUGUAUGCUUGAAAUUAUGCAAUUAAAUGAUAUUUCCACAAAA